AUGCUCGAGAUACUUCGCUGCUCGGAUCUGUUUGACUUGGCGACAGGUCGUGUGCUCCACUGUCAAAUCAUUCGUCAACAUACUCACUCCUUCGAUGAUAAUGAUGAUCAGCUAAGCGACGGCGACAUCAUCUCGUUCAACAUUCAUCACUCGGCUUUCGACGGAGGGUCAGCAGCAACCUUUCUCCGUGAUCUCUCUGUUGCAUAUGAGAGCGAUGCUGAACUGGAAACUGAUGAUCACGCUCUGCAGUACAUUGACUACGCGACACACGAACGACAGUUAGACAUGUCGGCAUCGGCUGACUUCUGGCGUGUACAACUCGAUGGAUAUGAUUUGGAACGUGGUUUGGCAUUACCCGUUGAUCAACAUCGAUUGUCGAACAACGAGCGAUCUGGUGGAGCAUGGGUGGGACAGUUCACCUUCGACGAUGAUCUCUCUCGUUCGUUUCUGUCGUUUGCUUCUUCACACAAUGUCACGCCCUUUCAGCUCGGUCUUGCCACUUUCUAUGCGUACUUGUUCAAACUGACUGGUGGUCAACAAGAUCUGUGUGUCGGUUCGAUCAACGCUAAUCGAUACAGAGUGGAACUGCGAAACAUGAUCGGAAUGUUCGUGGCCACGCUACCCUAUCGAGUUCAGCUGGAUCCAAAUGGAUCAUUCGAACAACUGGUUGAACAAGUGAGAGAUCGAUGUCUGUCGAUACUUGAGCACUCACACUAUCCUCUUCAACACAUCAUCGGCAAUCAUCAUGCACCGGCGUUUCUUGAGACGAUGUUCGACUUUAUCACGAUUGAAUCGAAUGUUGAACAAGUGAAUCUUGGUGGUGCAAUGCUUCAAUCAGUGGCAUUAGAACAAUCAGAUUCUAUCGCGAAAAAUGUCGAACAAUCAACAGCAGUAGCAGCAGCCGAAAGAUCUUUGCAAUCUGUUCCAUUCUUUAGUUUGUUCCGAUUCGCAAACCAGUUCGAUCUACUUCUUUUAAUUGUCGGUCUGCUAAGUGCCUUUGCACAUGGAGCAUUCGGACCCCUGAUGUUGUUCUUCUUUUCUGCUAUGAUUGAAACAUUCUCUGGUCAACCAACAAAUUUUUGCAAACUCAAUUUCACUGCACUCAGUAUACAAUAUUGUCAACCGGAUACUCUACUAACAUCGGCAAAUUAUCUUCGACACAUCAACCAGUGUAAUCUGACUUGGACAAUAAACGAUACUAGCCCUAUAAUGUUUCGAGCACAACUCCAUCGACAGGCAUUGUCUUUGAUUGGUGCCGGUUGCGUUUCAGUCGUGUUUGCAUUUCUUCAAACAAGUUUCUGUUCACUAGCUUGUGAACGUCAAACACGGCGGAUUCGAGAAAUAGCAUUUGAUGCUCUACUCAAAAAGGAAAUAACUUAUUUUGAUACUCACACCAUCGGCGAAUUAAGUACUAUUCUCAUCAGCAAUGUUAAUAAGAUUCAUGAUGGCAUCGGCGAUAAAUUGGGCUUAUCGGUGCAAUUUGUCUCAAAAAUUGCUCUAUCUUUAAUUGUCGCAUUCUAUCACGGAUGGAAGAUGACACUAGUCAUACUUUCAUUGGCCCCGGCCAUUUGGAUUGUGUUAAUUGUUGCAUCGAAGAUAGAACAAAAUAUAUUUGGUCAAGAACUCAAAGCAUAUGAAUGUGCUGGCGCUAUCGCUGAGGAAGUAUUCAGAAAUAUUCGCACAGUUCUUUCUUUUAACGGUGUUGAAUACGAACAAGCAAAAUAUGAAAAAAGCCUUGAACACUCUCGAAAGCAGGGCAUUAAGAGAGGCGCCAUUGUUGGACUAGUGUCCAGUUUUGUCUAUGCAGCUGCUUUUGCCUCUCAUGCACUUGCCUUUUGGUAUGGAAAUCGACUGAUUCAAAGUGAAGAUUAUGGUAUUGGAAGAGUCGUUCUGAUAUUCUUUUCUGUUGUGAUGGCGAUAUCUUCACUUGGACAAAGUACAUCCUAUUAUCAAGCGAUCGGGCAAGCUAAAGUUGCUGCUGCUUCUGUGUGGGAUGUUAUCUGUUUGGAGAAGUCGACAACAACAGCAGUAGACAGUGAGGAAAAGACGCUCAAUGUUGAUUUUCGUGGAACAGUCAAAGUAGACAACGUGUUCUUCUCGUACCCAUCAAGACCAGAUGUAUCCGUUCUUCGAGGUUUGAGUUUCGAAGCUCGACCAGGACAAAUUGUAGCACUUGUGGGUGCGAGUGGUUGUGGAAAAUCGACAUGCGUACAAAUAUUACAACAAUUCUAUAGACCUACAAAAGGACGAAUAUUAUUUGACGACGAACCCAUUGAGAAUUUUAACUUGCAAGCAUUACGUCAACAAAUCGGUGUGGUCAACCAGGAACCAACUCUAUUUGCGACAACAAUUUUCAGAAACAUUCAGUACGGUCAACCGAGUGCCACUUUGGACGAUAUUCAAGCAGCUGCAAUGGCAGCUAAUGCACACGAUUUCAUCAUGUCUUUACCUGAGAAAUAUGAAACAGUGGUUGGCGAACGUGGAAUACAGUUGUCGGGUGGUGAACGACAACGAAUUGUGAUUGCUCGUGCACUUGUCCGAAGACCAACAUUGCUACUAUUGGAUGAAGCUUCGAGUGCGCUCGAUAAUCAAAGUGAAAAGCUGGUUCAAAAAGCGCUAAAGAACACAUCGAAGGAUCGAACGACAAUUGUGAUUGCUCAUCGAUUGUCAACUGUACUUCAUGCCAAUAAGAUUGUUGUGAUUGACAACGGCAUGGUGAUCGAGGAGGGCACUCAUCAUGAGCUGAUGCAACGACAAUCGGCUUACUACGCUCUUGUCAACUCUGAAAUGUUUGAACAAUCGUCUGAAGAUGACAACCGGCAGUCGCAAAUGAAAUUGACACCAUCUAUCGAAGACUAUUGUGACUCGACUGCAUUGGAUGAGGAAACUAUCGUAUUGCAGAAUGGAACAAAGACUACAAAAAAUAAAUCAGAGAAAACGAUACGUUGGCCAUCAUUAGCUAUUUUGAAAAUAAAUCGACCAGAAAUACCGCUCAUUGUAGUCGGUGCCUUGGCGUCUAUCUUUAAUGGAGGUCUUGAACCAAUGUCUGCUGUUUUGCUCAGUGAAACCAUCGGAAUUUAUCAAGGGUGUGAUCGGCAAGUACAAAAUGAAAAGAUACAAAUGUGCAUUCGUUUGUACCUUCUAUUGGCUGUUGUUAUUGCGAUGACAAUGUUCAUUCAGAAUUACAUGUUUGCCCGCUCGGGUGAAGCAUUAACAAAACGUUUGCGAGCAAAAGCAUUUCGUUCAAUUUUACAACAGGAAAUGGCCUGGUUCGAUCGCGUGGAGAAUAACACCGGUACACUUUGCACCCGUCUUUCAAUGGAUGCAGUAACGAUUCAAGGAGUUGCCGGAGCACGCAUCGGUACAAUUCUCUCUAGUUUUGCUAACUUGGGUGUUGGACUGUUGAUCGCGUUUAUUUUCUGUUGGCAAUUGAGCUUGGUUGCUCUUGUUUUUAUUCCAUUUAUUUUAACUGGUGGCUUCUUACAAGGCUAUCUCAUGAACGGAUACUUUAACCAAGAUAGUAAAACGCUAGAGACAGCCGGAUCGUUAGCCACCCAAGCCCUGCAGAAUAUUCGCACUGUAAGACAGUUGGCGAUUGAAUCGCGACUUCUCAAUGACUAUUGUCAUCUAUUGGACAUUCCAUACAAAUCGUCCUUCAAACGAGUUUACACUUUUGCUCUGAUCUACAGUUUGACAAUAUCGGUUAGUUUCUUUUCUAUGGCAGCAGUGUUUUCUUACGGUGGUUUACUUGUCGAACAAAAAGUGACAACAUUCACAAAUAUUAUAAUGAUUGUUAAUUGUAUGCUCUUUGGGGCUCAAACUUUUGGACAUAGUGUAGCACUAGCACCUGAUUAUGGCAAAGCUGUCUCAGCUGCACAAAGAAUGCUUGCCCUGUUCGCUCGACAGUCCACAAUUCCAGUGAUGUGCGGUGGAUCGAAAUUGAAGAAUUUCACUGGUGCUCUUCAUUUCAAAGACGUCGAGUUUGCUUAUCCCACACGUCCAUGUCUAGAAAUAUUGCAUAAUUUCAAUCUUGACAUCCAGAAUGGUCAACGAAUUGCAUUAGUAGGCACGAGUGGUAGCGGCAAAAGUACGGUAUUGCAUCUUGUCGAACGUUUUUAUGAUGUUCUAAAUGGGUCGGUGCUUAUCGAUUCCAAAGAUCUUCGAGAUAUCGAUAUAAAUUGGUGGCGUAGUCAAGUUGGUGUUAUAACACAAGAACCGGUCCUGUUCAGUGGUUCAAUUGCAGAAAAUCUGGCUUACGGUGACUUGUCCCGAGCUGUGACGAUCGAUGAGAUGAUCGGAGCAGCUAAGACUGCCAAUAUCCAUGAGUUCAUUCAACAACUGCCUCAGGGCUACCAAACAUGUGUCGGAUCGAGAGGUGAUCAACUGUCGGGGGGUCAAAAGCAACGCCUCGCGAUCGCGCGAGUUUUGAUUCGAAAUCCGAAGGUAGUUCUGCUUGACGAACCAACAUCGGCACUCGAUAGUGAAAAUGAAAAGGUUGUCAAUGAGGCCUUGACUUGUGCAAUGAUUGGCCGUACUACGAUUAUUGUUGCACAUCGUCUAUCGACUAUUCGAGAUGCUGAUCUAAUAUGUGUGCUUCACCAUGGACAUAUUAUUGAGAGUGGUACACAUUUUCAAUUGUUAGCUAAAAAAGGUCACUACUACAAAUUAUUGCAGUGCGCGAAAGAGGCGUGA